UCUUACCAAAUGUGAAUUUCAGAGCAUUUCCUCCUUUCACUAGGGUUCCUGACACAGGUCAUGGGGCUGUGUUAACAGCAGCAUUCAGCCUGGAUACUUAGGAUUUUCCUGAUAUGGAGUAACUUUUCUACCAAUAAACCAUCACUAAAGGCAAACAUGGGGGAGACUGUAGACGUGAAGGCUCUGAGGGCAAAGUUUAGCAACUCGGAGGCCAGCAGCCGGGACAGCGGCUCACCAAAAUCCCCACGGCCUGGGAUUGGAAGAGUGAUACUGCCUUUGAAAGAGAGCGAACUGACCUUUAAACUGCCAAUUCCAGUUAUUCCUCCUGCAGCAAACCCUGGCCCGGUGAGGUACCCCAAGCCAGACUCCAUGGCAGCCUCUGUUCCUCUGAGACCAGGUUCCAUCCCUCGAAAUCCUCCAGUUUCUCCUAUCAGACCUUACCUUCAGCCAGCAGAAUCCAACAAGAUCAAGCAGACGGGGGAGAUGCUUCAGAACUUGAUGCUGAGGCAGCAGGGACCUAAUUUUGCCCCGAUGCCAUUGGGUCUGCCUGCAAGUCUACCUCAAGGUCCUGGAGUUUCCCCAAACUCAACAUUUCUUCCAUCCCGACAGAGAAGUUUAGGAGAAGUGACCCCACUCAGGAAGCCUCUACCUGCGGAGGGGGCUAGGCCUUUAAAACCCAAACGACCUCCUUUCGUCAACCUGGAGCCCUAUCUGAGGUUCAGACGAGCACCUGCCAUCCCACUGCCCAAGAGAAAAGACGAAAAAAAUAUGUCCCUGCCAUCCAUUGCCGUCCCUCCUUUGCCUCCGCAAAGAUCCUGCAAGCCCACUAUGCUUCCCUGCCAGGUCGCCUCCGUAGACAUCGAUGAUGAAAAGGACCCCUACGAUGACAUCGGCAGUUUUGAUAAAAACGAGUCCUGCAGUGACAACAGUUUACAGUGUGUGGAUGAGGAAGAUGUGUAUGAACUCAUCGAUGAAGAGGGGGAAACAAAUCCAAAGAAGCAUCAGGACCAGCAGAGGGGACGGUCUCUGGAGCAUCACAUGAAAAUGAACGAGUUAAGGAGAAACUUCCAGCUGCAAGGCGAGAUUGAAGUACUUCAAUCAACCAGAGCUCGCCAUGACUGGAUUGGAGGAUCAAAACUGGACCUCAGCGUUCGACAGGGAGAAAUUCUGGAGAUUCUUCGAGUGACUAACAACCCUGAGGGCAAAUGGCUUGCUCGCAACUUGAAUGGAAACUAUGGAUACAUCAGCAACACAUGUGUGGACUUUAACUUAAAAAAACUGGAUCCAUUAGGUUUACCCCCACCACCCCCAGACCCAGACUGCCAAAGUCAAGAUGAUGAUGAUUAUGAUGACGUUCAGCCGAUGGCUGACGAGUUCCCCCCACCACCACCACUUGAAAUAAGCAUAGAUCCAAAAGUGGAAAAAGAGAUAAGGAAAAAGUUUAAGUAUGACGGGCCGCUUCAAGCUCAGCACGUCAUGAUGGUGGAUCCCAACUGCAUCAUAAAGAAACCAGGAGCCAAAGAUCUGCUCGUGACUCAGGGGGACAUUGUGCACGUCAUCGACACCACCAACAGUAAAAAGUAUCUCUGUCGGAACAGCUUUGGAAAAUACGGUUAUGUGCCAGCAGCUCUUCUGCUUCAAAUGGAAGGAGAUAUUUAUGACGAUGUAGAAUAUCCAGAUGAGGUCUAUGACAAUGAUGAUCCAAACUGAGGCAACUAAAAGAUGUCAGACUAAACAACCACACUCUUGCACAGAAACUAACUAUCUUUAAAUUAAAAAGCUGUAUGAGAAUUAAACCUGGGCUAGAAAAAAAAAGAAUGAAAAUGAGGGAAAAAGGAAACAAGUCUCCCUGGAGACCAGCUGUAAACCUCUGAAAAAUCUGUCUUUAUUUUUGAUUAAUUUUUUGUUGAUUUCUUUUAGCUUUAAGAUUCAAACUAUGUGGUCAUGUAAAUACAAAAACUCAAACUAUUCACAGUCACUGUACAGUUGUGAUUUGAGAAAGCACACCCUAUAAUAGUUCUAAGCUUUUUUAAGUGGCAUGUUAAAAAUGUGUUUGUUCAUUGAAGCGAAAACCAGCUGUGAUGUUUUGUUUAUUUUUAAAUUAAACUUAAAUGUUACCUUAUACUUAUCAGUAAGACACCGGUAUUAUAAAAUAAUAAUUUAUUGUGUAUUUAGUUUACUUUUAAAGUUCUACUGGUUUUGGUCAUAAAUGAUCCACUUGGUUCAGACACUUUCAAGAUUAGAACUGAAAAAAAGUGAACUUUUUUAUCACACACACAUUAAUCAAACUGAGACCAGAAAAAUGCAAUAAAAAAGCAUUUACCCACAUGAGAAUAACAAACUGUUCAAUCCAUUGUUGAUCAAACUGCAUGCAUAGAAAAUGAAUACACUAUUGAAGCUUUUUGUAUUUCUCUGUACUCGAGACACAUUAAAUAAAUCGAUUUUGCUCUGUCUGUUUCUGCA